AUGAUCGUACAAGGAUUUUCACCUGCCCGACGCUAUCCACAGAUCAAGUUGGUGUUUUUCAUGGCUGGAGUACUUGCCAUGAUCAUGUCAUCAUUCCUACUCGUGAUCUUUACCACUUCCAACGUUGUAGAGGCCAGACACUACCGACUGUCGGAAGCACCUACAGAGACCUGGGCUGAUGCAGAUGUAGCUUCCGAUGUGUAUGUGAGAAUUGCACCAUCCGAGCACGAGAAAUGGAUGGCUAUCCAACCUUCUAUGGAGAAGGUGUAUAAACUUUCCAAGCAAAGGCUCUCUCAUCGGAGAAGAGAAUUUACUCCUAAAGCAAGAACCAACUACAAGACCGAAUUUUUAUUUGUGUUGAGCGAUCACAAUGAAAGUCCUAUGUUUUUGGAUGAUGAUCGUGAGACGAUUGCAGUUCCGAACGGAAUGAAUAUUUCAAUCGUAUUUGAUACUCUCGAUGAAGCUCUGGAUUAUGUCAACAAUAAUGAUACAGAUCCAGAGAGUGUUCGAUUUGUCAUUGUGAUGGAACAUGGAGAACAUAAAAUCGAAGGACGAGAGGCUAGAAUUGCAAGGCCUUAUACCAGUAUCACAUCAACAAUGCCAAAAUAUCCCGAAAAAACAGUUAUUAGAGCCAAUGAUAUAUCUGGACAGUUAUUUUUUUUGGACGGAACUCAUGAUAUUGAUAUUCGAGGAGUCACACUUACUGGUGGUAGAUUGGCUGCAGCUAAUUUUACACAUCCGCAUGUGCCAAGACCUUGUGGAAGUGGUUUGCUAAUUUCCAAUUCCAGAAAUGUGUAUGUAGAGUCUGUGAUAUUGGAGCACAAUAAGGCUGCAAUUGGUGGCAGUGCUUGCAUCUACGCAAGUGCACAGGUCACAUUCCACAAAGUUUUUAUCAGAAGCAGUAUGGCCUUCAUUCGAAAUCUUCAGUUAACGGAUAGUAUGAACCAUUUACAAUUUUCUCUUGCCUCUAACUUUAAUAUUAAUCAAAGUAUUUUUGCACAAAACUUGCCUGCACUCAACGACCCAGAAAAAGAAUAUGGAUGUGGUGGUGGAGUUUCACUCUUCGAUUCCAAUGAUACCGUAUUUUCUUCUUGCAUCUUUACCAAUAACUCAGCCAUCAAUGGAGGAGCAAUUUUCACAUCGAAUUCUGAUUUCAAUAUCACGAACAGUAGAAUUAGUGGAAAUACUGCAUACAAUCAAAGUAGCGCCAUUUACAGUGAUCUUAACAGUGAUAUUACCAUUGAUAAGGUUUACUUUUUAGAAAAUAGAUGCGUUCGAUUGAGCUGUAAAGUUAUUUACUCACCAAAGAAAGAAUUAUUGGAUGAUUUGGAUAAUUUUCGAGCUUAUAUUUAUCCCAUGAUUUGUAUGACUGGUAUACUUUUAUGUGUUGUAUUGUUCAGCAUUUCUUGUUUUGAAUUGGGAAGAAUGUUUAAACAACGUUAUCAUUUCCGAAAUGUUGUGUGGGGAGAUAUCAUUUAUUUGUGGCUUCUUGGAGCUAUUGGAGUGUAUAGACCUUACAGAUCUGUUCCAAGGCCUUUCAAUUGGUUUCACAGAACAGUGGUGAUCUUUGUCUUGGUUUUGGGUUGUAUUUUGCAAACAAUGCAAUCCAUUGUUGUUGCAAUGCCAGAGUUCUAUGAUAGCAUGGAUCGAGUGAGAUUUAUUUUAGGUGGAGUUCAAUCGGUCAUUUACAGUGCACUGCCAUUAGUGUUGUAUAUUGCUUUGAUUUUAGCUGUAAAGGCAAGCUAUAAGAGAUUAUUUGUCAAUUAUAAGCCACCCAUUCCAACUGAAAUAGAAAUGGAAGAAGAAAAAACUAGUCUCAUCAACUUUUAUCAAACUCAAAUUGAUAAGGAGUCUGAAGAGAACAUCAUUAACGCAAGUCCAACCUCAGAAGCAACCACCUCAUUUAGAAAAAAGAAACAAAAGCACUUUUUUGAUUGGAAGAAAGACACGCAAAAAACUGGUCUUCAAAGAAGUAUUCACAACAGAAGAGCACUAGCAGGAUGUAUUAUUUCGUUACUCUUUUUACAUGGAACCUACGGUAUUAUUAUUGUGGAUUGCUACAAUUUUUUACAAUCCAACAUGGACAUUGCAAAAGCAACUAAUCAAACCAUAGGUCUUGACACCAUUUCUAGUGCUAUAUUCUAUUUAAUGCAAUGGUAUUUGAAAUUUACAAUCAUGUCAAUGGUAUUAUUGACGGUAUUUCUACUUUGCAAUAGAAUUAACUCGUAUCAGAAUACUUUCUUCUCAACAUUGUAUCAUCAAUUGGAAAAGACAGUAUUUAACCUUCAAACUGGCGUUUACAGUUAUGUACAUUUGAGAAAAGAAUGCAAACGAUUGGUGAGAUAUUCUUGGAUUUUAACCAUUACCUAUGUUCUCUUAUUCUUAGCCAUGUGUGUGAACGAGGUCUUGAUGAUUUUGUGGGGAAGUUCAGAAUACAAAUUCUUUGCCUACUAUGUUGCUGUACUCACCAUCAUGAUGUUUUUAAUUACUCAUGUGAGUUACACGAGUAAUCAUUGGACCAGUUUUAGAUUUGAUGACUUUUUAGCUGCCGUUCCUCACUCCAUCACGUACGACUAUGGAAUUUUCUUUGUACCUGGAGCAAACAAAAAGUUCAACAUUUCUGAUGCCGAUCCAUCUACCACUGAAAAUGGUAAUGGAAAUAACAAUACUCACAAACAAAACAGUGGCAUUGCAUCACUAGAUCAUGGCACAUUCCCAACUUCAUCAGAAAGUAAGGAUAGUAAGGCAGAGAAAUUAUUGCGAGAUUUAACCUUUUUCCACAUGUAUAUUCGUGAUCGAACCUUUGCAUAUCGAUUUCCUCUUGAGAUUCAAAUGCAAACCUAUGUAGUUGUUUCUGUGAUUGGUUUAAUUGGUACUGCAUAUGCUCUACUGAAAUAUGUAUCCUCUAUAUUUGAGUCCUCUCGUUACUAUCAAUAUUUGUAA